AUCUCCACGUUUCGUUGAUGCAUCAGUUCGAACUUCAGCUUGUGAUGGCAUAGCUAUUUGAUCCUGUGCCUUUCCAGCUUUUUCCAUGUACACAAUUUGCACGAACUGCCAGAAAUGUUAAUAUCAUUAUGAUAUUAUUUUUAAAACUGUAUUUCAACAUCUGUAACAAUGAAGAAGAAAUGAAUUAGAAGAAAGAAAGAAAGAAAGAAAGAAAGAAAAAAAAAUGAUGAAUUUUUAGCAGAUGCUUAUACGAAAUGCUUUCACUAGCAACUGUGAAAAUAAGACACUGUUACUGACAUAUAUAGUUCUGCACCACCCUUUGUGAACAUGACAAAUCGUCGACAUAAUUGCAGUACGGUGGUUUCGCUUUCAUUGUUAGAUUUCCAUAGGAGGAUAUUAUCACGAUGCGUGACGUUCUACUGACUCUUCGCGUCAUUCUUUUAGUCACUCUUCCCGAAAUUCUGAGUACUUUCGAAGCUGAAAUAAUUAGUCUUUUGCAAUGUUAAUUGCUCGAUUACUGAUCUUCAGUUUCAACUUUACCGUUCUAAAUAAAUUAUGUAUUUUACUUUUCUUUUUCCUUUUUUUUUUUUUUUUUUAACCAUCAACUAUAUCACAUAUAAUAAGUAUAAAUAUUAGAAGAGCUUUAUGAGAUACAUCAAAUACCAGGAAGAUGUCUGUAAUUUUGUUGCUACCGUUGAAAAGUUUCGAUUUUAGAUAUUGUUUCAAGAAUGGAAUUCGUUCUGGACGUUGGUUAGGAAAAUUUUCGAAAGUUACGCGAAAGGCACGGGCAUGAUGAGCCUGCUUAAUUGGACAAAUUGUCUUUGAGUACACGUAAGAAGACUAUAUUUUUAUAUUGUUUUGUUUUUUUCGUAUACUUUUCUUCCUAUCCAAGUGAAAACAAUAGUAUUGCUUUAUCAAAUUUGAAUAUACAUUUAUGAGAAUAAGCGUAUAUUUAUGUUAACUUUAUAAAAACAUAAUUAUAAGAAAGAGAAAUGUAUUUAAGAAACUUAUAAAAAUAUAUAUAUAAUGAUGUACGCGUAGACAAUAAUUCUUAAUGAUAAAUAACACGACAUAAUAAUUGCUAAUGUACAGAGUAAUUUGGUUUGUCAUUCUUCCUAGGUUCGUUAAUUCUAUAAGAGAAAAAGGAAUUUCCUGCUUGUCGUAGGGGUGGGCUAGACAUUAUACAUAUUCUGCCAGCUAAGGUAGAACCCGACUUUGAAUUAUACGAUAUCAAAGAUUUCUUCUGCAAUGAAUUUAACAAUCGUACUCGUAUUUUUUAUCAUACAAUUAACAAUGGCCGAUUAUAUAUCGGCUGGUUCCGGUAAAGGAAAGAUUUCCAAAAUGAAGAAUCCAUUUGUUGGUCAUUCGAAACCUAAAUUUAUUUCGUUCGAUGCUGAAGAAGCAAAUAUCGAUAUCAGUUGGGACGUAUCCAUACCAUUCAUUUCUAUUCCAUUGCAAGAAAAAAUGGAUGAAGAUAAUAAAGAAAAAUCACCAAAGUUAUUCAAUGUUAAUACAAAAGCAUUAACAAUUGCUGGAAUAAUAACGGGAAUUUCUUCUUUAGUUGUACCAUUAUUUUCAAAACCCGUGAGACCGCCAUUGCAAUCUCAAUCGCAUUAUCGAACGGACGAUGGAAUGGAAUGGUCAACGAUGGGUAAUACAAUUAAUGAAAUGAUUUUUUCCAAUAAUUAUGUAGCACCUUGUAUGCAACGCAUUGUUUGUUCGAUUGUAUCAACUGCCAGUCGUACAGAUAAUCCUACGAGUACAGAAAAAAUUAUCGAUGGAUUGUCAAGUCAUAAAUGGUUCCGAGAUGCGACAAAUGGAACACUUAUCGAGGAUGCCGUUUCGGUAGGUCGAGAUGAUAAUCGUGAUUGUACGCGUGUUUAUAAAAAUUGUUUGAUAACGCCGAGACUUUUGAACAAUUUAAUGAGUCAAUUCGGAAUAAUGUGAUAUGAUUAAAAUAUAACAGAGAGAGAAAAAAAAAAAGACAAAAGAAAUGCGAUACCAUUUGCAUGUAAUUAGAAUUAUCUAUCUUCGGUGAAAAUGUCAUAUUUUCAGACAAAAAUUAGAUACACAGUUGAAGAA